ACGUAUGAUUCCACAACCAAUCAGGGCGUCCCCCUUCUUCCUCGCGGCGGUGGCAAGUGGCCGACGCGCGGCACCCUCGUCGUCGCGACGCCCGCCCCCGCCCUUUCCUUCUCUUUGUCCUGCGCCGUCCCGCCCUGCCUGCCUUGCCCUGCCCAACUCAUCGUGCCCCGCUCACGCCCCCAUUGCCUCCGCCCUUAGACUACAGCAUCUCCCCAAAACAGGCCCUCGCACGAGCCGAUUGACAGUCCCAGAUCCAGAAUUUCUCUGCCUCCAAUUCCGGCUUCCCCUCUACCCCGAGUUCCUUCGUAUCGACUCUACGCCGCGUAAGCAGCCGUCAGCCAUCGUCCCUCCCCAUAGUGGACUCAGUGGAGCACUAUUCCAUCCGAACUUGGUUUCGAUCGCAGCGCAGGCGGGCUCGGCGAGGCAGGCCGAAUGGGUUCGGUAUCUAAGCCAUCGCCGACGGCGGCCGCGCCUAGCCGGCGCAGGGUGGCACUCUACCUAGCGCUACUCACCCUGCAGUACGGCGCCCAGCCCCUGAUCUCCAAGCGCUUCGUCAGGCGAGAAGUUAUAGUGACUUCAUUGGUUCUUGCAAUUGAAGUAUUAAAGGUUAUGUGUGCAGUCAUUUUACUGGUGGCAGAGGGUAGUCUGAAGAAGCAAUUCAGUAAUUGGAAUCUUGCUGGGUCACUGACUGCAUCAGGACUUCCUGCUGCCAUCUAUGCACUUCAGAAUAGCCUGUUGCAAAUAUCAUACAAGAAUUUGGAUUCCUUGACCUUUUCAAUCCUUAACCAGACCAAGCUCUUAUUCACGGCAUUCUUCACCUAUCUUAUUUUGGGGCAAAGACAAUCACCCAAACAAAUUUUUGCAUUAACCCUCUUAAUCAGUGCUGCUGUCCUUCUAAGUGUUGGGGAGAGUACAACCAAAGGCUUAAAUGGUGGUAGCUCUGAAUAUGUCUUGCUCUACGGAAUCAUUCCUGUUACGGUCGCAUCUGUGCUGUCUGGUUUGGCCUCUUCUUUGUGUCAGUGGGCAUCUCAGGUUAAAAAGCAUGCAUCCUACCUGAUGACUAUUGAGAUGUCUUUUAUUGGGAGCAUGUGCUUGUUAGCAAGUACUUUUCAGUCACCAGAUGGAGAAGCCAUGAAAAAAUAUGGGUUUUUCCAUGAAUGGACUUCGUUAACAUUGAUACCGGUGUUAAUGAAUGCUGUGGGUGGAAUUCUCGUUGGUCUUGUCACAACUUAUGCAGGAGGUGUUAGAAAGGGUUUUGUCAUAGUCUCAGCUCUCCUUGUUACUGCAUUACUACAGUUUAUAUUCGAUGGAAAGCCGCCAUCAGUCUACUGCCUGAUGGCAUUACCACUUGUCAUGGCAAGCAUAUUCAUUUACCAGAAGUAUCCAUAUGUUGAUAGAAAGAAGAAAGAUUGAUAAGCAUGCUCAUCAGAGAAGGGGAUUAUUUAGCAUCGGCACAGCAAUACUAACCUUUAUUUUAUUCCACGGAAGUUGAAGUUUACACCGAGAAUGGGGCCGCCAUAUAUGAUUAUUGGAGAUUGUCUCUUCAUGAAGCUAUGUAUUAACUAUCUGUUGUUCCGAAUAUUAGUUGCAUUACUUGCUUCACUAAACAUUGACCUGUAAUUAAUUCGAGCCUUCACUUUUAGUCAUUGCAUUCCAUCUUACUAUCGAGUUAAUUUUAAA